CCCAUGACCAGCCUGCUCGCUGUGUCUCUUGGCAUCGAGCGAAGUCUGCGGAGUCGCGACGACUUUGUGGUACCCAGAUACUGACAUCAAGUCACGACACACCACAGGGUCGUUGUGCCCACUGCCCAUUGCAGAGUCGGCCUGAUUUUUUCAAAUAGAGGACAAGUGUAUUCCGGGUGCUUGGCGCGAUCCGGCAGCGCGAAGAACUACGGCUGUGACGGACCGUGCAGCCGCGUGCUUCCCAAAUUGUUCUCAUACUUGAAGGCAACGGACGUUCGUCAAGCUCUUGCUUCUGUUUCAAAAUUCAAACGGCCUGGAACUUCUCUUCUCUUCACUAGCUGUAGGAAAUGAGACCAUCAACCGCACUGUAUGCGCUCCUGUCUGUUCUCUUUGCAUCCGCUGCCACGGUUCUCGACCAGCCGCUUCAGGAUGUACUCAACAGGCCCACAGUCGAUAUUCUGGCUGACCGUGAUGCUAUCAUAGAGAAGCUGCUUGCUACGUAUUGGGACGAUCCGCUUCAGGAUGUACUCAACAGGCCCACAGUCGAUAUUCUGGCUGACCGUGAUGCUAUCAUAGAGAAGCUGCUUGCUACGUAUUGGGACAAUCCUGUACAUGUUAUGCGUCUUCUGGAUCCCGAGAACGCGUCAGAACUCGAUGCGCCACGAUUGUUGCAAGUCUUUGGGGCCAAGGCAGUAUGGAUGACCGAAGGCGACAAACUGCGCCUUCGACAGCAGGGCCUCGGGUUCAUCGACCUCACCAAUCACCAGGAUUUGCACGCAUGUUCUGGGUCUGCUGAGUCAACAUGGCCUAAAUUACAAUAUCAAGAGAAGGUGAAGUCAGUCACAAAGCUUUUGAGCAAGGACGAGAUGAAGAACAACUUGGGGAACUUAACCUCGUUCCACAAUCGGUAUUAUCGCUCGGAGUUCGGUGUCCAGAGUUCACGCUGGUUAUACAAUCAGAUUCUGGACAUUGUCUCUGCUGCCCCUCCCGGUGUCCGUCUGUCAGUCGAGACAUUCACUCACACGUUCCCCCAACCUAGCGUCAUUGCCCGCUUUGAGCCGUUCUUUGGACGUUCUUCUCACAAUUCGAUGAUAGCCCUUCCGCGCAUCAUCGUUGGCGCUCACCAAGACUCUGCAAAUUACCGCUUCCCUUUGCUCCCUGCGCCUGGAGCAGACGAUGAUGGCUCAGGAACAGUCACGAUCCUCGAGGCGUUCAGAGCCCUUGUCCAAUCCGGGUUCGCGCCAGAACGCCCAGUCGAGUUCCACUGGUAUGCCGGGGAAGAAGGUGGCUUACUAGGAAGUCAGGAGGUCGUAUCGGAGUAUAAGCAAUUAAAGAAGGAAGUGGGCGCUAUGAUCCAGUUUGACAUGACUGCAUAUGUACCAAAAGGAGAAGUUCCCAUUGUGACCUUUAUCACGACGGACGUUGAUUCGAAUCUAACGAACUGGGCGAUGACCCUUGCAGAAGAGUACAGUACGUCUGUUGUGGGCGGGGCGAAACUCUUUGCCGGUGCAGGCUCAGAUCAUAUGUCAUGGCACCGAGCAGGAUACCCUGCCAUAUUUGCAGCAGAGGGUGAUCCGUUCAGGACAUUCAACCCGUACAUCCACACGUCGGGAGACAGGAUGGACCUUGCCGAUGGAGAGUUUUCAUUUGAGCAUGCUCUCGAAUUCGCGAAGGUUGCUGUCGGGUUCGUGGUCGAGCUCGGUGGAUGGGUCGAAUAGCUUCGUAAAGAUGGAGUUAUAGAUACUAACUUGGUCGUACGGACCAAUGAUGUACUCCAACUUACAGAUAUUCUCAGUUUGUGAUCAAUCUCCUCACAUUGCUACUUACAGCCAUGAUGCAUGAAGGUCCUGUCGAUCAUUAGGCGAGCCAAUGGAUCAAUCUUGAUUUGCAAGUACAUGUGGUUCAAUGCCAUUUCUCAAUUGAAACCAUGGGACUUCCCGCCUUUGCAUAUACAAUGGGAGCUUGGCUGCCUUGAGUCACUGACCAUCAUGCCAUCAUGCCAUGAGUCCGUUCGAUUGGCAUGUACGUCAGCGGUGAGGCCAGUACACUGCCAUAUAUAAUGAGGCGAUCGUCUCUGUUUCUUCUUCUUCUGUUGUUCAUUGUUUCUGUACUCGAUCAUGACUUGGAAGAUCGUAGAAUACUGGUGUUUGCAAUUGAUAGAGUCC